AUGAUGGGACUGCAGAGGAUCAAGGGCGCCAUCGAUCGGACAAUCGCGGAGGAACAGGCCCGCCAGGAACAGGCACGCAAGGCACUCGGCCCGGACUCUGGGACGCCGCGCAGGUCGGACUCGACGUCGCGAGGCAACCAGUCUCCCGCGCGACGGCCCCGACCCAAGAAGAACGUCAGCCAGGACAACACCAAGGACGGCGAAAGCCCGUCCAACCCCGACCCGGCCGUCUUUGAGGCGGCAUUCGCGCUGGACGAUAGCGAAGAGCCCAGUAGAGCAGGAACACCGAAACCUCCGACAAUGGAGGACAAGACCGACGAGAAGAAGGAGAAGGUCGAGGAGGCAGGACAGAAUGGAGACGAGAAGAAGGAGGGUGAGGCUGGCUCGGCCACUGCGGCGCCCGCUGCUGCGCCGGAGCUGUCUCCCGAGGUGCGGACUAAGCUGCGCAAGCUCGAGAAGCUCGAGAAGACAUAUCCUGAACUCCUCCGGUCGUACCGAAUCGCCCACGGCCGCGCAACUUCCAUCGAGCCGUUCGAGCGGGUGCUUAAGGAGCAUACCAGUGUCGGCUCGAUCAGAGAACCUGAUGCGCUCGUCGAGUAUCUCGACUCCUUGAAGCAGAAGGAGCAGAUGAUCAUGGACGAGUACAAGCGCGUUUCAGUCGAGAAGGACGAGUUCAAGAAGAAGUUCGAGGCAGCCGAGAAGGAGGUCGAGACGCUGAAAAAGGAGGUCGAGGAGCUCAAGGCUGCUAAGCCUGAGCCCGCGGCGGACAAGGCCGAAACCAAGGAACAGGUCGACGCUGCGACGGACACCAAGGACGAUGGCUCUGUUAAAUCCCCCGACCCGAACGCCGCCAAGUCGCCCCUGCAGCAGGCGUUGGGCAUCUUCUCGCCGAAGCAGAAGCCGCAGGAACCAGAGGCGGACAAGGACAAGCCCGACGACGCUGGCGACUUUUUCUCAUACGACGAGGAAGCUCCCAAGUACGAGGCCGACGUGGCUGCCAAGGAGGAGGAAAUCGAGAAGCUCAAGACCGAAGUCACGUCUCUGAAGACUGAGCUCGCGUCUGCCAAGAAGUCCAGCGACGAUCUUACCGAGAGCCUUGAGAAGAUCACCAAGGAGGCCAGCGAGCUGCGCGAUGAGGCUGCUGUCAAAAACUCCCUUCAGACUCAACUCGACGCCCGAAACACUGAGAUCAAGACGCUAACCGAACGCCUGGAGACCUCGCAGAAGCAGCUUAAGGAUGUCGAGAGCAAGCUCAAGGGUGAGCUCGAGACUGCCACCAAGGAUGCCAAGGCCGCUCAAUCGAAGUUGUCCGAGGCAAACACGCGGGCUGACAAGGGCGAGGCGCGAGUCAAGGAGGUCCUGGCUUCCAAGGCCGAAGUGGAGAAGAAGAUUGCAACUCUGAAUACCCAGAUUGAAACCGUCAAGAAGGAGAAGGCCGAAAACGAGAAGAAGAUCGACGAGCUUACCAAGAAGCUGGAGAAGCACAGUGAGCCUGUGCCUGCUACACCAACAACCCCUGCGCCAACUGAGACCCCUGCCGCGGGCGCGGGUGGUGCUUCGAAGAACAACAAGAAGAACAAAAAGAAGAAGAAGGGCGGCGCUGCUGCUGCUCCAGCACCUGCGGCAGGCACCGCCGAACAGCCUUCGCCUGCGGAAGAGUCAAAGGAGUCUGACACAGAGGCUUUGGAGGCUGAGAUUACCCGCUUGAAGGAGGAGGUCUCCACAAAGGACUCCCAGAUUGAGCGGUUGACGAAGCAGCGCAAGACGGAGGAGGAUCUUCGCGAGGAGAUUGACACCCUGCGAGACGAGCUGACAGAUAUUGGCCAGGAACACGUGGUGGCUAAGGAGAAGAUCAAGAACCUCGAGAUCGAGAAGAAGGAGCUGCAGACCAGGAUCGAGGAGCUGGAGAAGGAGCUGGGAUCGUCUGCAAACGAUGCCAAGGCCACCGAGAAGUUGCAGAGCGAGUUCGACAACCUCCAGCGCGAGUACGACGACCUCAAGACCAAGUCCUCAACUCUGCAAUCCGACCUGGGCGCCGCCCAGCAGCUGGCUCAAAGCCGCUUCAAGGACCUCACCGAGCUGCGUGAAGUCCUCCAGAAGGCUCAGCCUGAGAUGAAGAGCCUGCGUCAAGACUCUGCGGCUCUCAAGACCGCUAAGGAUGAGCUCUCGGCCAAGAACACUGAGCUCCGCAACCUCGAGAAGAAGGAGAAGGACCUCAAGGCCGACGUCGCCCGCACGCAGCGCCUUGCCGCAGACCGUGAGACGGAGAUCAAGUCUCUCCGCGAGAAGCUUACCAACGAGACCAACAACCGCCUCCGCCUCGAGGACGCGCAGAGGGUAUCGGGCCGCGACCUCCGCCGCUCCGAAGCCGAGAAGGUGGAGCUCAGCGCCAAGCAGGAGAAGGCGGCGCAGGAGCUGCAAAAGGUGCAGGAAGAAGCCAACAAGCUCCGCCCGCGGGUCAAGGAGCUCGAAGACGAGGUGGAGAAGUUGCAGAAGGAGAAGAAGAGCCUGCAAGACGAGGCGGACCUCAAGACGCAGCAGUACACCAACGCGCAGGGCCUGCUCGGCAGCAUGCGCGACCAGACGGCAGAGCUUACAAUCCAGCUCAAGGAGGCCCGAUCGCAGUCCGAGUCGCUCGAGGAGGAACUCGCUGAGAUUCAGAAGCAUCUUACCGAGCGGACCCGCGAGGCGGAGCGCAUGCGCGGCCUGCUCGCCGACGUGGACGAGCGCGCCGACAGCAAGGUGCGCGAGAUGCGCGCGCGCAUGGAGGCUGCGAUCGAGGAGCGCGACCGUAUCGAGGACGAGUCGAGCACGCUCGCCAGACGGAAGACGCGCGAGACGGAGGAACUCAAGCAGAAGAUCCGCGACCUGGAGCGCGACAUCAAGAUGCUGUCCGGCGAGAAGGAGGAGCUGGAGCGCAAGGAGCGCGAGUGGCGCAAGCGGCGCGAGGAGCUCGAGGCCGUAGAGGAGAAGGCCGAGGCCGAGGUCAACGAGAUGCGCGCGGCGGUGUCGGAUAUCCAGUCCACGCUCGACGCGUCGGAGCAGCAGGUCCGCGACGCCGAGAAGCAGAAGUCGGAUCUCAGGCGGCUGCUGGAGGAGUCGAAGCAGCGGUUCGACAAGGUGAACAAGGAGCUCAAGACGGUGCAGGCGAAGCUGGGCGCGAGCGUCACGUCGGGGCGAAGCUCGGUCGAGUCGAGUCGGUCUGGAGGCCUCAACGGAACCGGAUCGCCUGCGCCUGGGGGUGCGUCGGCGUCGACGGCGGAUAGCUUGUAUCUGAAGACGAUUCUGCUGCAGUUCUUGGAGCAGAAGGAUAAUAAGCUGAGGGAGCAGUUGGUUCCUGUUCUCGGGCGGAUUUUGAAGUUUGACAAGACGGACGAGCAGAAGUGGAAGGCUGCGAUUCAGCACAUCACUGUGAGGUGA